AUGAGCGCACAGAUAUUUCACAAACAGUUGCUUCGAAAUCUAAACAGAGCGGCCAUCCAGAAAAUUGUUCUUGGGCGUGAAUUUCAGGAAGCAUCAGAUCCCUGGAUUCUUGACCUCCCCGAUAACUCUGGUAUACUACCCCCGCCCCCUGAACUUCUGUCGCCUUGGCCGAUGUCAGCAGGAUUCUUCUUCAAAUCUCUCUGGAAGGAAGUGAAGCCAGUAUCAAUAUUCCAGAGCGCCACCUACGCCACCUGGGCUGCCAUCAAGACUACCCCCACCACACUACGCUUACAGGCCUCCUCCAUGCCCUCGCCUUUGUCUCCCUCGCGUCUUCAAUCAAGGAGGCCAAAGGCUUCGCGAGCAGAACGAACCCCCUUCGAUCUCCGGCUCUUCUUCCCCUCAAACAAUCCCCGCCUACCCGUGGCUGAAACCGAAAAGAAUCAAUGUGCAACUACGUAUCCGUUCGUCGACCCCGAGUUUGACGCGAAACUAGGUAGUCGCCACCAUCCGAUCCAAGCUCCCGUCUCCUUCAGUCCCCCCCCCCCCUUUAGCCUGCCUGCCUUCCGAUCUCAUGUACAUAGUCUGGCGUGGUCUCAGCCCCGAGUGCGACAAGAGAUCAAGACGAAGCUAGACCUGGGGCGUGAAGAACGACACGAUCGGCAUCAUGAAGCUCGUGCGGGACUGGCGGGCGCAGCAGAAAAGCGAGGCGAAGAAGCCGAGGCGUCCCGGAUGGAUGGAGAGGCGCGGCAGCAAGGAGAAGAAGAAAAAGAAGAAGAAGAAGAAAUUUGGUCGAUACCCCGCGCUAACCUCGUGCUCGGCGCCGAGGUGCUGUCCGCGGUCUUUUCGGUGUCGGUGGCUAGGGGCAGAUGA